UGAGAGACGCAUCAAUUCAGAGAUACUUUUCUCUUCCCGCUCGCCUGUCAACUCUCGCCGAUCCAGCGAGCUUGAGGUCAAUCCAAACCAGUAGUCCAGGGAUCGCCAUGCGUUCACCACGCUCCGCUGCGCCGGCCGCGGCGCUGCUCGCGCUCACGGUGGCACUGUCCGCGUCCGUCGCCAUCGCCGUCGCGGCGCCGCUGGAGCGGGCGGACGAGGAGGUGCGGCGGCUCUACGAGGCGUGGAGGUCGGAGCACGUCCGGCCGCGCUGCAACUGCGACCGGGCCCGCGAGGAGGACCGGCUGCGGCUGGAGGUGUUCCGCGCCAACCUCCGCUACAUCGACGCGCACAACGCGGAGGCGGACGCGGGGCUCCACACCUUCCGCCUCGGCCUCACCCCCUUCGCCGACCUCACCCUGGAGGAGUUCAUCCGCCGCGCCCUCGGCUUCCGCAACGCCACGGCGGCACCCCGGGCCCCGAGCACCCGCUACCUGCCCCGCGCCGGCGACGACCUCCCCGACGCCGUCGACUGGCGCCUGCAGGGCGCCGUCACCGAGGUCAAGAACCAACAGCAAUGCGGUGGGUGCUGGGCGUUCUCGGCGGUGGCAGCCAUGGAGGGGAUCAACAAGAUCGUGACUGGCAACCUCGUGUCGCUCUCGGAGCAGGAGUUGAUUGACUGCGACAGCCAGGACAGCGGCUGCAAUGGCGGAGACAUGGGCAAUGCUUUCCAGUUCGUGAUCAACAAUGGUGGGAUCGACACCGAGGCCGACUACCCCUUCAUCGGAACUGACGCGACUUGUGAUGCCAUCAGGGAAAACAAAAAGGUCGUGUCCAUAGAUUCAUACGAGAUGGUGCCACCCAACAAUGAGAAGGCGUUGCAGAAGGCGGUGGCGAACCAGCCCGUUAGUGUCGCCAUUAACGCAGCCAGCCCUGCAUUCCAGCACUAUAUCUCGGGCAUCUUCAACGGGAUAUGUGGGCUGAAGCUGGACCACGGCGUGACGGCGGUGGGCUACGGCAGCGAGGACGGCGAGGACUUCUGGAUCGUGAAGAACUCGUGGGGCCCCGGGUGGGGUGAGGCCGGCUACAUCCGCAUGGCGCGCAACGUGUUCUUGCCCAUGGGCAAGUGCGGCAUCGCCAUGGACGCGUCGUACCCGGUGAAGAAUGGCCCCAACCCGACGGCCAAGGCUGGGAUUGUUAAGAUGGCUCUUGCCUAGGCAGGCUGCUGACCUAGCACUUUAAAGUUGCUCGUUUACAAGUUUGUUAUUGUGAGUUGUGAUGCAUGAUGGAUCUCAUUAACUUUUACUCCUAUGCAACACCGAAAAUAAACUAUUAGUAAAGUUAUGUAAUAAAUAAAUUCAUUUUGAUGGAAAACUGUGA